GUUAUUGAUAACUAAUUUAUUUUGGAAGUUCUCUAAAAAAAAAAAAAAGUAUUUAAUAUUUAUUUUUUUAUCCAUAUUUAUUUUAUUAUUUUAGCUUUGUAAAUAUAUAGCGGAGGUUCUUUUCCCUAUUAAUGGCACUUUCGGCUGUAGCAGCUGCCGUUACCACCACCAGUCGCCGCCCAAUUCUAUCAAAAUCGUUAUCAACUACUAGCCUCACUACCACCCUCACUCUACUCUUCAUCAGAAAACACUCUCCUCAUCACUCUCGGAAGCUGAUAACAACAAUGGCGGCUUCUUCAACGCUUACACCGGAGCAAAAAAUCACCGCACCAUACGGUUCAUGGUCCUCUCCCAUCACCUCAGACGUCGUAUCAGGAGCCUCCAAGGGUCUGGGAGGCACAGCCGUCGACUCUCAGGGCCGAUUGUUCUGGCUUGAAUCACGACCUUCGGAAUCAGGACGAUUGGUUAUAGUUAAAGGGGGAAAUGAUGAAAAUGAAGAAACCAUUGAUGUAACACCCAAGGAGUUCUCAGUGCGUACAGUUGCUCAAGAAUAUGGUGGAGGUGAUUUUUCAAUUUCAGGAGGCACUCUAGUUUUCUCCAAUCACAAAGACCAGAGACUUUACAAACAGUCUCUAGAUUCAAAAGAUUCUGCACCUGUGCCACUUACCCCUGAUUAUGGUGGACCUCUAGUGAGCUAUGCAGAUGGAGUUUAUGAUACAUCACUUAAUCGAUACAUCAGUGUUAUGGAAGAUCGACGCGAAAGUAGCUUGGAUGCAAUCACAAGCAUCGUGUCAAUAGACCUCGGUGAUAAUGGUGUUAAAGAACCAAAACUGUUAAUCAGUGGAAAUGAUUUCUAUGCGUUCCCUAGACUUGAUCCUGAAGGAAAAAGAUUGGCAUGGAUUGAAUGGAGCCACCCUAACAUGCCAUGGGAUAGAUCUGAACUAUGGGUUGGCUAUAUUUCAGACACUGGAGAUGUGUACAAACGAGUAUGUGUUGCAGGGGGUGAUUCUGCCAUUAUAGAAUCUCCAACUGAACCAAAAUGGUCUGAUGAAGGAGAAUUGUUCUUUGUGACAGAUAGAAAAACUGGUUUCUGGAAUCUUCACAGAUGGGUUGAAUCUGAUAACACAGUGGCACCAGUGUAUUCACUAGAAGCUGAGUUUGCAAAACCUUUAUGGGUUUUUGGCAUGAACUCUUAUGAAAUUCUCAAGGAACAUAAAAACUUAAUUGCUUGUAGUUACAGGCAAAAAGGAAGAUCAUAUCUUGGAGUUGUGGACAAGAAUAAGAACACGUUAUCCAUUCUCCAGACUCCUUUCACAGAUUUAAUGAACAUUACUUCAGGUGUACGUUGUCUGUAUGUUGAAGGGGCAUCUGGAGUUCAUCCUUUAUCUAUAGCUAAGGUGACUUUAGAUGACGUGGCAUCAAAUGUGGUUGACUUCAAGAUUGUUUGGUCUUCUUCACCUACUAGUUCACAAUACAAAUCUUACUUUAGCUCCCCAGAGUUUAUUGAAUUUCCAACAGAAGUCCCUGGAGAAAAUGCGUAUGCAUACUAUUACCCCCCAACAAAUCCGAAUUAUCAAUCCAGUCAAGAAGAGAAACCUCCAUUGUUGUUAAAAAGCCAUGGGGGACCCACUGCUGAGACACGUGGCAUCUUGAGUCUUGUAGUCCAGUUUUGGACUAGUCGUGGUUGGGCUUUUGUGGAUGUGAAUUACGGUGGAAGUACUGGGUAUGGUCGGGAAUUUCGUGAAAGGCUUUUGAAACGAUGGGGUAUAGUCGAUGUCAAUGAUUGUUGCAGCUGUGCUCAGUUCUUGGUGGAUAGUGGAAAAGCAGAUGCUGGAAGACUAUGCAUAACUGGAGGCUCUGCUGGUGGUUACACAACUCUGGCUGCACUUGCAUUCAAGAAAACAUUCAAAGCUGGUGCUUCUUUAUAUGGUGUGGCUGAUUUGAAGUUGUUGAAAGAAGAAACUCACAAAUUUGAGUCUCGAUACAUGGAUAAUCUUGUUGGGGGUGAAAAAGAGUUCUUUGAGAGAAGACAAGGUUGUGCCACCUGA